GGAGCCGUUAGCGGUGGGAGCAAGAUGGCGGCGGCCUCGGCCUCGCCUCAGACCCUGCCGGGGCCGCCGCCGUCGCCGGGACCGGGGCCGCCGCCGGGGCCGGCCGGAGACGAUUCGGGCGCCGAGGGCGGGGCGGCGGCGGACGGGGGGGCAGGCGGGGAGGCAGAGACGGAGGAGUUCGUGUGCCCGGCGCACUGCACGGAGCUGGCCUGGCGGCAGAACGAGCAGCGGCGGCAGGGCCUGUACUGCGACAUCACACUGGCUUUCGGCGGCGGGGCCCGGCAGGCGCCGCCCCUCGAGGUGCGCGCGCACCGCUCCGUGCUGGCGGCCGCCACCGACUACUUCGAGCCGCUGCUGUCGGGCGGCUUCGCCGAGUCGCGCUCGGGCCGCGUGGAGCUGCGCAAGUGGAGCUCGGAGGGGGGCCCCGACCCGGAGACUGUGGAGGCGGUGGUCGGCUUCAUGUACACGGGCAUCAUCUGCGUCAGCCCCGGCAACGUGCACGAGGUGCUGGAGAUGGCGGACAGGUUUUUAUUGACCCGGUUAAAGGACUUUUGUGGAGAGUUUCUGAAGAAAAAGCUAAAUCUUUCCAACUGUGUAGCUAUCCAUAGCUUGGCUCAUAUGUAUUCCCUGAGUCAGCUUGCUCUGAAAGCUGCAGACAUGAUAAGGAGGAAUUUCUUCAGAGUUAUCCAAGAUGAAGAAUUUUACACCUUACCCUUUCACCUCAUUCGAGACUGGCUUUCUGACUUGGAAAUCACAGUGGACUCGGAAGAAGUUCUUUUUGAGACCAUCUUAAAGUGGGUUCAGAGGAGUCCUGAUGAAAGAGAGAGGUACUUUGAAGAACUCUUUAAAUUGCUUAGGUUGUCUCAGAUUAAACCCACUUACCUGACCCGUCAUGUCAAAUCUGAAAAGCUGGUGUUCAGUAAUGAAGCUUGUCUUAAAUUAGUGUCUGAAGCUGUGGAAAGUCAUGCUCUGAGGUCUGAGAACUUGCAGUCUGGUAACUUGCAACAUUCUGCUUGUCCUGUAGCCUUGUUGCCUCGCUAUGGGCAAAACAUGGAUGUCAUCAUGGUGAUUGGCGGUGUGUCUGAGGGAGGAGAUUACUUAAGUGAGUGUGUAGGUUACUUUAUUGAUGAAGACAGGUGGGUAAACUUACCACAUGUACAUAAUCAUCUCGAUGGACAUGCUGUUGCCAUUACAGAAUCAUAUGUCUAUGUGGCUGGCUCCAUGGAGCCAGGAUUUGCAAAGACUGUGGAAAGAUACAACCCAAACAGAAAUAUCUGGGAGCAGGUCUCUAACUUAAUAAUCAGAAAGCAUUCUUUUGGACUAACUGAAGUCAAGGGAAACUUGUACAGCAUUGGUGGGCAUGGCAACUUCAGUCCUGGCUUUAAAGAUGUAACUGUUUACAAUCCUGAGCAAGACAAAUGGCACAACCUGGAGUCUGCACCAAAGAUUCUUCGUGAUGUCAAAGCAGUGGCCAUAGAAGAUAGAUUUGUUUACAUUGCUGCUCGCACGCCAGUUGACAGUGAUAAUGAAGAUGGUCUAAGGGCAGUCAUCAUCCGCUAUGACACGGAAACAAGGCAGUGGCAAGAUGUAGAAUCUCUGCCCCUCAUUGAUAACUAUUGCUCUUUCCAGAUGUCUGUUGCCAACACAAACUUUUACCACACUGCGUCCUGCUGCCCCAAGAGUUACCCUAUUGACAAUGAAGAGGCUAAAAAAAAAAUCUCUAGCAGACCAUCUGACGAGAUUCUUGAAAGCUUACCUCCAGAGGUCCUCAGUAUUGAAGGGGCAGCUAUUUGUUAUUAUAAAGAUGAUGUUUUCAUCAUCGGAGGGUGGAAGAAUAGUGAUGAUAUAGACAAGCAGUACAGGAAAGAGGCCUAUCGCUACUGUGCUGAGAGGAAGCGGUGGAUGCUUCUCCCUCCCAUGCCACAGCCUCGCUGUAGAGCAACAGCCUGCCAUGUGAGAAUCCCAUUCAGAUGUCUGCAUGGAACCCAAAAGUACCCUAUGCCACCAAACUUGAUGUGGCAGAAAGAUAGGAGAAGGCAGAUGCAAGAAAUACACCGCCAUUCUUUAAGCCUGCGAAGAAUGCCACGCUCUCAGAUUGAGUGCUAACUCAAAGAUCGCUCGUUUUAAUUUGCCUUGGUUAAGAAAUAUCACGCUGUCAGUUUUGUAAGGCUCAGUACAUUGCUACAAUACAUUAGGAUGUUGGUAACUGAAAUUGGCUUGGUUUGAUGCAUGAAAGCAGUAUCCAUAAUUUGUAUUUAAGUACUGAGGAUUAAGAAGUGUCAACUUUGAAGAUGACAAGCAGUUAACAUGUCUAGAGAUCUCUAUAUUGUUGAAACAAGCAUAGGGUAGCUCAGGAUAACCGGUUUCCCAUUAAGGGGAUAUGUAAAAUUUAUCCCUGACACUAAAAAUGUGGAACCUGCUAAUUGUGUCUGCAAACUCUUCCCCCGGCCCUCUCCCUUCCCCCCCCCCCCCAAAAAAAAAACCAACAACCCAAAGCAAAACACAAACCCCCCCCCCCCCCCCCAACAAUUUAAACCUAACAGUUUUAUUUAAAUAUUGUCUUUCAGUUUGGGUAAAAGACUUAAAAAUUUCAUUUGGAUAUGUGCUUGAAGCAUUAAUUUUAUUUGCACUUACAUUAUUGGUAUUCCUUUACAUUCUUUCAUGAGCAGCUAACCUUCACAUACAGUUGGUUUCUAUGCACUUAGUUCUCCAAAGUUGGAGGCAUGUGCAAUAGUUUAGGAAUACUUGCAUAUAAAAUUGAAAGCACAAUCUUUCUUUAUAAAAUGAUAUCAGGAUGUUUCUAUAUGUAUUAAGUAUUUUAUAUCUGUAUAUUGUAGAAAUGCUACAGAGCUUACUUGGAGAUGAUUGGUAGAUCAGAAACUUGUUAAAACAGGAAAUAUGAGGCAGUAAAAUCAUUCCAGGUGUUAUCUGGAGAUGCCUCUGUUUUUUAGGUCUUUAAGCAGAUUCAUUAGAAACUUGAGCAAACAGUCAGCCUGAAUAAAUGAAUGAAAACAGUAAAAUGUUCAAUAAUUCAGGCUAGCUGUCCACUUCUGAAAUCUCUGUGGAAAUUGGGAGUUACUUAGAGCAAAAUUAUUUCACAGCACUAUAUUAAAGACUAGCUGCUUGAAACUUUUUUUCCGAACAUAGCACACAUUUAAUUCUAGUCAACAUUUAAAAAAAUGUGAACCUGUAUCCAGCCUGCCUUUGACAAUCAGUACUCCUUUGCCUUCAAGAUAUUCUCCCUUUAAGUUUAAACUAGCCAUGCCACACCGUUUCUUCACAAAUUAGCAUUUAUGUUUUCUGUUGAUGUAGAACAGUGGUUCUUAAUGUGUAAAUGCUGAUGGGAAGCUUUCAGCAAUUUUCCUGCAUAUUGUAUUCCAGCAUAUAGCUGCUUGUGGUGAAAUAAGGGUAUUUAAUAUUUUUUUGAAGUUCUGAAUUUAUUUUACAUAAAUUGGUGCCCAUAACAUGCUCUAAGGAAAGUAGCACUGUUCCAGGGGGAUAAAGCUGCCAAUAAAUAGCUGUUCCAUUGGGCACUCCAUUCCCCUUCUCUGAAGAACUCCAGAAAGCUUCUCAAUUUAUUACUUGUGGGUUCUGUGCUUUCUUCUUACCUCAUCUUCUUCCCAGUCCUUCCCUUUAUUUGACUGUUCCAGUUUUCUGCUUUCAGUCUAACUCAGGAUCUUAGGGAAGGGAAAGGUAGGGGUAAACCAGGGUGUUCUAAAAGCUUCCAUAGACUAACAUUGCUGGAAAAAAAGCUUCUUACAGACUUCUGUUUGUGCUGGUGUUGCUAGUGUCUUAAAUGUGGGCAGCUGGUGUAGAAAGCACUUGUAAACAUUUUGGCCUUCUUAAAUUGUUUAACGUUCUCAACUGAUGUAUCUUAUUUUCCAAUUCAGCAGGCAACCUAGGUCAUAUCUGAAACGUUGGGUAAGUGUUUCAAUUGCAUGAUGUGCAUAGUUUUUUCUGACUUGCUUAUGUCCCCUAAUAUUUCAUCUUGCAAUCCACAUGGACAAUUUUGUACAGAUAACUUGCCUUGGUAUAAUAUUCAGAAUGGUCCAGUCUUGUAAAAAUAUUCAGGAAAAUGUAAUAGCCCAGACCCCAUCUAGUCACCUGCUGUUACCGUGUUAUUUCAUUUGGCUGUCAAGCUACUCUUCAAAAGCAAGUAGAGUUUUGCAAGUCUGGCCUAGCUUGUUUAAAAGAGGAACUAGUUAGCUUAUUCAGGUGUUUUAAGGCUGACAUUCAGAAGUGGUAGGUUUGAGAAACUGCACAGACUUAUUUGGUAAGAUGCUAAUUAAUGGGGGCUCCACAGAAUUAAUAAGGCAUUUGGGGAAUAAGAAAUUCAGUAAUAUCAUUUUAAUUUUAAUCUGAGCUAAAUACUUGAUUGCAUAUCACUGCAGGUUCAUCCAGGUUAAAGGAUGGAGAAGUCAACCUGUUGCAAUAUUUUUGGGUAAAAUUUAAAGUUUAAAUAUUUUUACUUUUAAUGAAAUAACUUUUGGGGUUUGUAUCGUUUUACCAUUUUGCUAGAGGCAUUGUUCUUAAAAGAAGAUCUGAAAGUAAUGAUAGGGUGGUUUAACUUGUGAAUGUCAGCCAUGGUCAGUUAUUUAAAUGAUGCACUUUAUCUUACCUGCUUAUGUGUUCAGUUUGCAUGGUGAGUGGUGGAUACAACAGCGCACAGUCAGCUUCACUCUAGCUUUUGCUAUGCCAAUUCCCAGGGAAUUCUUCCUUUUUAAAUAGGUUUCUUUACCUUGAUUUUAAGUGGACCAAUUUUUAUUGCACGUUACCUUUAACCAAAAGGCCUAACUACCCAUUUUCACCAUGUAGAUGUUUGAAAAACUUAAAUGUGUAUUGACUGGAUGUAGCUUAGUCCACUAACCUGUCAACCAUUUAACAAGCUCCUUGUAGCCUUUGAUUAGUGCAGCAUGGUGGUACAUGUGAAGUGUUCCUAUAAGAAAAGUCUGGGGACUGCUCUGCUAUGGUUAGUGGCUGGUUAACUUCUGACAAGUCCUACGUCUGUGUUGAAGAAGCAAAACUCAACUGAAUUCUUAAUGCAAGAAAAAGAGAAAAACAGUGGAAGGAAGGGUCAGACUCCCAUGUGUUCAGACAAUCAUACAUUUUUAGCUGUCAUAAAUGUGCCAUGAAAUGCAUGUCCUGUCCUGUCCUAUCUUUGUGUUCAUACUGCUAGUGAAGUAGGGUAAAUCUCUGACCAGCACUAGACUGACAAUAUAUAUAAUCAUCUCUAGGUGCCAUGUGCAUACACAAUAUUUUAUAACAACCCGAGUAGCCUCUUUAAUAAGCUAUUUUAUAUGUAUUUUUAACAAAACUUCUGUUCAAACAAGUGCAUGAAAAACUACUCCAAAAUUUAGAAUGCAUACCAUCUUUCUUAAUAGCUAUUCAGAACCUUCUGAAUGGGGAUCGAUUAAGAUACUACAACUGCUUAUUGUUAUCCCCAUUUCAUUUUUUCCACUACAGCGAAUGGCAAACAGGAACAUGAUUGUGUCAGUCUGUGUUUGAGCAAAGAUUGCAGAUUAACAAAAUCUAAGAGCCUUUUAACCAGAAACUGUAGUAACGUCUUCUAGCAUCAGAAUGAUUUGCAAAGGACCCAGUUAAAAUGAGCAUUGUGUGGCUUAGUUUUAUUUUCAGGCGCCUUCAGUAUGCUAGAACACAAUCAUUUUUCAAAUGUUAUGAGUUUGUGGAAGUCUCUUAAUACAGGCACUCCUGAGAAUGUAAUCUUAUCUGUAACAUGAAUUUAAAUGGUAGAAAUUGCUAGAUGUUUGAAGAUGGUUAAGUCAGAUUCCUUAGUGGAUCCAUGUCACUGUGGAUCACAAGACUUGCAGGCAGCUGUACUUUUCUAUCAGUCUUGCUGGAGAUUUCAGCUAGUUGCUUGGAUAAGCAGUACCUCCUGUACUGGGAAGAAUGACAUCCUUUCCAGUAACGUAAAGUAGUGUUUGUAUAGGACUGCUUGAAACAAAAGACCUUGUAAUAAAGUUCACGCUAAAUAUACCGUACUAAUGUUUUGUUGUAAUAAAGUUCAAAAUAAACCUUUUAUUUCUUUA